CAGUUAGACAGUUAGUUGUCCACACCACUGCAGCAAUACCAGGAGUUUGCACUAUCAUAAACAUCACUCACCCAAAAUGACACUCAACACGAGCAGCAAGGAAAGGACCAAUGGUUUGAGCAAGAUCAAAUUCUUUUUUGGAUUGGCCCUGGGAUUUGUGAUUAUGCAGUCCGUGGUGUUUUGGGGAGUCAGAUCUUCCUCUCGACAGUUAUUAUUCAGGACGGAUCCAUCUUCGGACAGAAUCAAGAUAAAGGCAGCGUCACUGAGAUUUGAAGAAGAAUUGCGUCAAAUUGAACAUGCUGCGUCCAACAACAUUACUGCUGCCAAUCAAAGCAGCCCCUGGUUGAUUGCAGCCGCAUCCACAACUACCAGUACCAAGACAGAAGAAGGCCAACAAGAGGCAUCACUGGAUUCAGUCUUUCAGCUUCCCUUUUACAUUUAUGACAACGAACUGGACUGGUCUGUAAAUGCGACCAUAUUUCGUGGUGCCAAUCACAGUGAAUGGUUGAAUCAAAGCGGCUUUUUGAAUUACAAGCAUUCAGAUGAUUACUGGUUGCUCUACCAUGCCAAACAACAUCCCAUGCGGACAUUCAAUCCACGGGAGGCUGAUUUGUUCUUUGUACCCACACUGCUAUCGGUAUGGAAUUUCUACGGUUUCCAAGGCGAUGACAGCCAAAACAAAUUUUGUGCUCACAAUGGAAUUUGCAAUCUGCAGUUGCUCAAAAGAGCAGAACAAUUGCUCCUGGAAUCCAAAUGGUACCAGCGCAGUCAAGGACGGGAUCAUAUAGUGGUUGAUUCCCAUUGGCGCAAGCAUUGGAAACAGAUAUCCGGCUCGCGUCUUCUCAAUUGCAACUCCAUUAGCUUUGAAAAUCGUGUUCCCAAAAGUGGAAACGCCAAACAGUACCAAGUCCCCACUGGUGGACGGGUCCACAUACCCUCCUUUUAUGUUGGACGACCCUGUCCUAGUAGUAGUCAUGCCAACAAGACACACGAUUUUGCCUUGAUUGCCAGUUUGAAACCAAACAACCCGAACUUUCGUGACAGGUCACAUGUUUGUAAUUGGCUCCGGCAAAGGCAUCACAACUACACUGUGUCAGUGUGUGGACAAGGCAAUCAAUGUCCCGCCUUGGGACAGGCACGAUUUGGAUUUCAUGUCCGCGGAGACACCUGGGGCUCCAAUCGUCUCAUGGAUACUCUCUUGACCGGUGCUAUUCCACUUGUGACUAGUGCAGAACAGAUCAAGAUACUCCCUGACUUUGUGCCAUGGGAGGAUGUUUCAUACACUGUAAAAGUUUCCAGUGAAGCUGCAUUUGAUGCUUCUCUCCAAUCCAUCUUGCAAAAGUCAGAGCAAGAACUGCAGGAGAAGCGGACCAAUAUCUCAAAACACAUGGAUACGUUCAACCACAAGAAAAGACAGCAAUUCGAUCUGUACAUGCACAGAUUUGCACAGAAGCUCAACUUGUAUUGAAUAAGGCAGAAAACAACAAAGCAACAAGAUAGCUCCACCACAAUCAAGUCCUUAACUGUAGCGACUUUUUUGUUUCCAGUCGGCACAAACAGAGACCUUACUCUGUUGCGACCUGGGAACGUAGACAAUUCACCUAAUCUGUUGAAUGACAAAGGGAUGGUUACGCGUGUUUAUUAGUAUGUAGAUUACGUGGCUUUCUGCAGCCAUUGGUAAAUGCAAAGGG